AUGAAAAACAAGACAAGUGUUGUUCCCAGAGAAGGAGAAGCCCAACCUUCCAGGUGUCCAGAUAACAGUGCAUUCAAACAGCAGAGGCUGCCAGCUUGGAAGCCCCAGCUCACCAUUGGAUCUGUGCUCUCCAGCUUCUUUCUGACAGGGGCAUUCUGCCUCACUGUGGGAGUCUGCCUUGUUCUGUCUGCAAACAGCGUCAGAGAAGUACAGGUUGAUUAUUCAGAUAAAUGCUCAAAUUGUUCAAAGCUCCGUGAAAACUCCUCUAACUGGAAUAAGGAAUGCCACUGUUCUAUUAAUUUCACGCUAAAGGAAGAUAUAUUGGGUGAUGUUUUUAUGUACUAUGGUCUGCAAAACUUCUAUCAAAACCACCGUCGGUAUGUGAAAUCAAGAAGUGACGCGCAGCUGUUGGGCCGAAAUGUAAAUAUCCAGAGGAGCUACUGCGCGCCCUUCAGCACCUACAGGAACGGGACCCCGAUGGCGCCGUGCGGGGCCAUUGCCAACAGCAUGUUCAAUGAUACUAUUGAUCUGUUUUAUAAUUAUAACUCAUCUGUGAUUCAAGUGCCACUGCUGAAGACUGGAAACAGUUGGUGGACAGACAAAAAUGUGAAGUUUCGCAAUCCUGAGUCAUCCAAUCUCUCUGCUGCAUUUGCAGGCACAGCCAGACCUCCUUACUGGCAGAAGCCAGCGUACCUGUUGGACGAGGAAGAUGAGAGGAACAAUGGUUAUGUGAACGAUGACUUCAUUGUCUGGAUGAGAGUGUCGGCCUUUGCCACCUUCCGGAAUCUCUACCGGCGCCUCAGACGUGUUCGGCGCUUUGCUGAGGGCCUGCCAGCAGGGAAUUACACUUUCAGGAUUUCCUACAAUUUCCCUGUUACCAAAUUCAAGGGGAGGAAGCACGUGAUUCUUUCAACCGUGGUGUGGAGUGGUGGAAGUAACCCAUUCCUGGGAAUUGCCUACCUGGUUUCUGGCACAGCAGCAACCCUGGCAGGUUUUGUCAUAACUGCCAUCCACUUAAAGCUCAGGAAGAAGAAAACAUACUUUCAGAAGCAGUAAGGUUCACCUUUCUGAACAGAGACAGAAGUGUGCAGUGAACAAAGAAGGUGCAGUACAGACCUUUCAGUAUUUCCCCUGAGCUCUGGACCAUUUUCAGUGUCAGGUUUGGUGAAUGUAAGCAAAGUGAAGGGCAGGGCGAGUCCAUCAUCUGAAACCAAACUUACCUGAGGUGCCAUUCUCAUUAAUGUACAUGUGAGCCUAAAUUUGUUUCCUAGGAAACUUGUAGUGAUAUGAGCUUCAAACAGCAGAUUAGAAUUGCAAUGGCAAAGAAAUUAUGUGGUGCCAAUGUCUGGCCAGAAGUCAGGGUCCAUAUUAAUUUCUUAUUCAGCCCCAUAAUUCAGACAACAUUUCUCUUAACUGGAAUGGAGCUUUGGAUGGGUAAAAAGUGAACUCUUGAUCCAACAAAAAGCUUGAGUAGGUAGAACUUAUUGCUAAAAUCUGCUUGUGGGCCACAUACAUGUGCUUAAUGGCUUGGCUUGGGUUUUAUAUACCUUUUUCAGCUAUGCUGAAAAAACAACCAGUUUAUACCAGUGCAUUCACUCCAGUUUGACACCUGAUUUGUGAUCGAGUACAGGGCAUUUAUCAGGAGUUCGGAGUUUGGUUAGACCAAAUUUAUUUGAUUUAUCUAGCAGGUGAGAGCUGGAGGGCAUCCAAUCACGUAUUUGCAUUUUUUAAAUUAUGGUUCAAUACAAAUCCUAAAUUAAAAGCUCCUUUAAUGCAAAAUAUUUUAACAGAGCCAUCUACCUAACCAUCUACCUAAUUUAACUAUUAGACCAAAAUUGCACUUCUACCUAUCCCAUGUGAAAGUUCACAAGUUUACAUGACACAGAAUGGUAAUUUAUUGUCAAUAAAAAACAAAGCACCAGAAAAUCCAUCCAUUUAAAGUGAACACUGCAGUUCAUUAACAGGUUCAUCAAUUUUUAUGUUUCAUGUUUAAAAUUUUACACAUUUAGGACAUAUUUCUAGUCUCACAAAAUGA